AUGAGUUCCUACCAGCAGAAGCAGCCCUGCAUCCCACCCCACGAGCCUCAGCAGCAGCAGGUGAAACAGCCCUGCCAGCCUCCACCCCAGGAACCAUGUGUCCCCGAAACCAAGGAGAAAUGCCACACCAAAGUGCCAGAGCCCUGUCACCCCAAGGUUCCUGAGCCAUGCCAACCCAAGGUUCCAGAGCCCGGCCACCCCAAAGUUCCAGAGCCCAGCCACCCCAAAGUUCCAGAGCCAUGUCCUUCACCAGUUAUCCCGGGGCCAGCUCAGCAGAAGACCAAGCAGAAGUAA